AUGGUGAAGAGGGUAGCAUACGAAUGCUUUUUCUGUCGACGACGUAAGGGAUCACAUGCCUCCCAGAUCAUGGCACCGCUGCCCACGUCACGUGUGAUGCAGUCUUUGCGAGCAUUCAGUUACUGCGGCGUGGACUACGCUGGGCCAUUUAUCACCAAGAUCACUCGGAGAGUUACUGCCAAGAGGUACCUAUGUCUUUUCACCUGUAUGCAGACGCGUGGAGUUCAUUUGGAGAUGGCGCACUCCAUGGAGACGGAUGGGUUUCUUCUCGCCUUUUCACGAAUGGUUGCACGCCGGGGAAAGCCAGCAGAGGUAGUCAGUGACAACGGCAGCAAUUUUGUUGGAGCAGAGCGAGUCCUUCGAGAGUUAGUUCAAGGGUUGGAACAAGAACGAAUCCUAGAGUCCGCAACCAAUCAGGGCAUCAAGUGGAGGUUUAACCCGCCAUACGGGUCACACCAUGGUGGUGUGUUCGAAUCACUUAUUAAGUCUGCCAAGCGGUCACUUUACGCAAUUUUUGGUGAAGCCCACCUUACUGAUGAGGAACUACUGACGGCGAUCGUGGAGGUGGAGGGGCUCUUAAACUCUCGCCCCCUGGCACACUGCAGUUCCGACCCAUGUGAUGAGGAGGUGUAA